AUGACAACGGCUAAACCAGUCACCACUCCGAUGAUAGCUCAUCUGCCUCUCACGAUUGAUGCAGGAUCAUCCACUCCACAUGCCUCUGAUUAUCGUGCUCUUGUUGGUGGAUUGCAGUACCUAGCUCUAACUCGCAUCGACAUUGCAUUCUCUGUUAACAAGAUUUCCCAAUUUAUGCACAGGCCAUCGGACCUACAUUGGGCAGCCCUUCGUCGAUUGCUACGGUACUUGAAUGGCACCAUUGAUCAUGGUUUGAUGCUCUAUAAGGAUUCACCUCCUCGUCUUCAUGCCUACACUGAUGCUGAUUGGGCUGGUGAUCGAGACUCCUUUGUGUCUACAACUGGCUACAUCGUUUACCUCGGUCGUUAUCCCCUGUCUUGGAGUUCUAAAAAACAACAAGGAGUUGCUCGUUCGUCCACCGAAGCUGAAUUCCGGGCUGUUUGUUGCUUCUACCACGGCUGA